AUGAGCUUGGAGGAUCGAUAUGGAAGGUACGAGAGCGGGGACGAAAGCGACAUUAUCGACAUUCAUUCAGACGACGACGAAGCUGAAGAAGAGGAGGAGGAAGACGACGAUUUCCAAGCGGGACCUCAAGACACACCUUCUCGACCUCCGCGAAGUAACAAAACACCCAUGCACACGGUCACAAAACGCAUUGUGGCUCUUACUCCCGGCAAGCGACACUACCAGUACAUUUCGCCGUCGUGUUCAGACAACAUUGACCCCAUUCGAUGUGCAUCCAUGUCGCCUGACCCGUUUGCUGAGGAAAACAACAAGAGCUCCGAGGUGAUUGCGCGGGCGCCCCUGAGCGGUCUCAAUAUCACAAACGAAUCUCCCCAGUCUCCAUCACGGGGAGGGAAAGAAGUGGUUGAAGGCACAGAGGAGGCAGACCAGACUGUUGGAGAAGAGACAUAUAUCGAUGAAGACCACUCAGGAGAUGUCACUCUAGUCCAGGAGGGCCAAGAAGACAAACAAAACGAUAGUCUACGAAAAAUAUACUCGGAAGAGCACCGACUGUUGCAUUCCGAGCCGUGUCUCACUCGAAAGCGGUCUCCUUCGGCAAUUAGAAUCCUCACAGCACACACACAUCCCCAAAACUCGCCUUCCGAACGAGUUGUCUAUUCAUGGUCAGAUACCUCGCCCGACGACUCUCGAUUUCAAUACAAGGAUUCAUCGCCCUACUCGGUAGACCUCAAAAACUCCACUCCGCCUACCCAGGCAGAGUACCCCGAAGACUCGGACAAGGAGAACGUGUCCUGCGCAGCUCCCGGAGGAAGUGUUCGUCUAGUGGCAGGGAUGGGAAGCGAAAUCUGUGAGGCAGACAGCCCGACUCAACCACGAACUAAAAGGCGCAAGAACGAAGGACUCAAGUUUGGAGACAGACAACAGCUGUCGGAGGAGGAGCGUCUGAGACAGACACUGGAGCGGGUCAAGCAUAACGCGGCGGAGGAGCUGGCAGAGGUCCACGCAGAGAACGAGGCGCGAAUAUCGCAGCUGGAAACCGACAAGCAGGGUCUCUAUCUGGUUAUCGAGGCUCUCCGAAAUGAAGUCGCUUCCCAGAAGGAAGUCAUUGCUAACCUGAGAGCACAGGCUGAGUUCUGA